CUCACGGCGACACCAAGUGAAACCCCGCCAGCUGGACCGUGGAUCGAGGCCGCGUUCAAUCGUGAGCACCCGCACCCUUGUUCAUAACCGCGCAUGCGCCGUGUACUCCUGGGAAACCGUAAUCGGGGGGGUUGCUGCUUAUGGCUCUGCACGCCCUCGCCUCGCGUGCACUCGUUCUAGCAGUCUCUGAUUGCACCCUGCGUUACGGAUUCGUUAAUUGUGCAUUUUCCCCCGUUCCCGAAACUAAAAUUGUCUGGUUGCUCUAGUGAAGUAACGAACAAGCUUUCAGUGCUGAGCAACUGAAGAGUCGAGAUUUUAAUGAUUGUUUAUUGACAUAUCUAUUUAAGUAUAAAGGAUCGAUAUCGGUGACUGCCGUGACCUGAAAUGAUUAUCUGAUUAUGUGAACCGCAAGUUUUGUGUCGCCUGAAAGUGCCUUCGCGUUAGAUUUUCGGUGAUUUUUCCAUUUCGAAAAUGCUUCCCUGCCGCUUCGUCUGGAUUGCAGCACUUUGUGUAAUGGCGUGCUUCAGAAGUUCGUGGUCAGCUCCCUUGGGUCUGCUGACCUCGCAUAACGGUGACCUCGCCCCGUACCUGACCUCGUCCAGCCUGAACUUGCCUCAUCGCCAGUACCUGCACCUUGACCACCUGGCCGAGGAGGAGUCGAAGCCGCGGCCGAGAGGAGUCCGCCCCGUGCUCUGCUCUAUCUGCACUUCGUGCCUAUUGAGCAGCUCCAGUGACUUCGCUGACUUUUCGCCGACCUGAAAUCAAACAAGAUGCGAAAAUAGUAGCACGUCAU